AUGGCGUGGUCACUCCAGCUCCCAUUCCUACUUUUGCGACUUCUCAAGCAUAAGUCUGCCUUCGGCACAAUCCUGUUGCACCCUUACGGCUUGUUUCCGGAGAAUGUCAUCCAGGUACAACAAGCACGGCGGGGUGUCCACGCGUGCAACUUAAGCCCACCGCACCCUCCCAAUUUCCUGGAAUUGGGUGGAAUCCCGUAG